CUCCGCCGACCUCAGAGCCUUCAGCCUCCACCGCGUCCGAGUCGGUCAGCACCAUGGUCAGCGCCAGCAUACUGCUGCUCAGCGCCUCCUGCUGGCUGCUGGUGGCGCUGGGCACCUGCAACGAGCGGCUAGAGGAGCGAUCGCCCGAGUACGACAUCAUCAAGACCAAAGAGGAGAAGGAGCUGAUCGAAGCUCUGCAGGAAGUCCUGGAGAAGCUGAAGAACAAACAGCUGCCAUCGUCGGAGAAGAAGCUCGGCUGGCUUCCACCUUGCGACGCCGGUGAGCAGUGUGCGGUGCGUAAAGGAGCGAGGAUCGGGAAGCUCUGUGGAUGUCCCAGAGGAACGUUGUGCAACUUCAGCGUCCUGCAGUGUGCAUAGAGCUCAGAACGCUGUACAAACCAAACAAUAAACUUUUAAAAAACUUUCA